CACAGCAUGGACAUAAAGCAGAUUCUCAUUUUUGGACUUUUUCUCGUGCCCGUGUGUACAUCCAAGAGGUCCCCGUGCUAUGAAGAGCACCGGCUGAGGGAGGAAGCCGAGAAGAAGCUGAAGAGCCACUACCCGCAGCCUCCGGACCCCUCAACCAACAGCACCCGUGACUCCCCUGUCUCCUGCCCCGUGGAGAGUUUCUAUCAGAAACCCUCCGAGGACGCCAACGAGAGGUCCCUGUCCCCGUGGAGAUAUGUACGUGUAAUACAGACGGAUCGCUUUCCCUCCGAGUACUCCGAGGCUCAGUGCUUGUGCUCCGGAUGCAUCCUGAUACAGGACAAGAAACCCCCCAUGGAGAUCCACGACUACGACUCAAAGCUCAUAAAGCAGAGCCGGGUAUUCCUCAAGAAGGAGCUCUGCGAAGAUGGAAAGAAAUACUAUCUGAAGCCAGUUAGUGAGGAAGUUGGUGUGGGCUGUACCUGCACCAGAGCCAGCACCUCCUCAUAG